UUUUUUUUUUUUUUUUUUUUUUUUUUUAAAUGGUAAUGUAUGCUAUCAGGUUUUGCCGAUUCGACCACGGCUGAAUUUCCACACGAACCGAGCGGCGAACAGAUCAUAGACCUGACCAUCGAACACGGGGAGGACGUGAUAGAACUUUCAGAUCCCUUGCGUGAGGAGGAGGAGGAGGAAGAGGAGGGGGUCAACGGCGAAGCAGCAGAGGUCCUACAGCUAUACGAAAACUGUCCCGGGUGUAGCGAAUGUGAGCCCGGCCAUAGCACCUCGCAACAGAACGGUUGGGAUCGGUCAUCAUGGGCUAGCGAGCAUAGCGCGAAUGGUGAUGAUGCAGAGGACUGGUCCGAGUCGCAGAUGAACGCUUGGGAUCAAGCUUCCUGGUCCGACGACAACGGAUUACCGUCGAGCGGUCAUCAGACACCAAACAGUAUCCAACCUUCCGUUGAUGAAGAUAAUGCUGAAAGCUUAUCAGAACGGGUUGAAAUUCCUCAACUGUUUCAUGAUUUUGGUAACCGAUUACUUGCUCAAAUUGAAGAGUUUAAAAACCAUUUUGACAUUCGUGACACCGAGCUUCAUAGCAGAUUAGACACUUUCAACCGUAAACUACACGAGUUAGACAAUCGUGUACAACAGAUUUACGUUCAGCUUGAUACUCAUGACACCGCUAUUCACACAGGUCUAGAUAGACAGCGCGCGGCCAUAGAGGAAAUAGCUCACGAUUUACGACACCAAAUUCAGACUGCAGAGCAUUCAUUUGGGCGUUUGCACGACUUAACAUUCGAACAGAUGAGAGAAAGACGAUUAAUGUUCGAAGCCGUUUAUGCUAUGGUUUUGCCGAUAUUUUAUCCAUAGUACAAUUUUUAUAUGAUAUACACACCAUUUUUAC